AUGAGUUCAUCCAUGCCUAUUCUCCAAAGAAUGGAUCGUCUUGAUCGUUUGCUGCAGUUUCUGGAAGAGAAGCAUUGCUUGUCAUCCAAACAUUCUUCUAGUUCUAGUACUACUGCCGCCUGCGAAAGCAGUGAACUUGCACAAGAUCGUGAGUCCUACAAGUCUCUGUCAUCUGCAAUUGAAGAAGUACAUUGUAAAGGCACGCUGAUUGAGCGAGUUGCUAUGCUUGAGAGCCGGGUUCUACAGGAGUAUCAAUCUUCAAAGGUAUGUGUGAGAAAGCCAAAGGGUUUGAGGAAAGCUGGGAAAAGAAGAACAAGAAGGACAAACAUUGUCUCCAUCAUUCAGUCAAGAGAAUGGCUUAGGUGGCCAAGAAUGGGAUGCUGAUCAUUCAUCAACCAGGAAUUAAGUUUCUGAAAUAAUUGUUUCAUUUCUAGAUGUGACAUGUUUAGCAUUGUCUCAAUAUCAAAAUAAUCGUUUGUGAUUUCGUCUUGAAGUUACAAUAAAAGAAACUAAAAGGGAACUAGGAUUGAUUCUGUAGCCAAAG